CUGAAAUGUUUAUAUGCAUCAGCUUUACUAUUAUGGUGUUGUAGAUUGAUGGGAUAUCAUCAAUGGAAAAUGGCAAAAAGCAAAAAUAAUAAUGCAAUACAAAUAUUCAAAAAAAUUGGAGACACUCAUGGAGUAGCACAGUGUUUGCAACACUUAGGAGAUAUUUUGCAUAUAACAUGUCAAUAUUCAGAUGCAACAAAAAAGCUUGAGCAAGCAAUGCAGAUGUUUGAGACUAUUGGAGACACUCUUGGAGUAGCACAGUGUUUGCACAGAUUAGAAAAGAUUUUACUCAUGAUAUAUCAAUAUUCAGAUGCAAUAAACAAGCUUAAGCAAGCAAUGCAGAUGUUUGAGACUAUUGGAAACACCCAUAGAACAGCACACUGU